AUGAUCCCCAUCGCUGAAGACUCUUCCAUGGCUCCGAAUCGAGAACUUCUUCUUCAGAUGGCACAGAUGGUUGUUUUCAUGGUGCAGUGCACGCUCACACUGUGCCAUGCACAUCUGAGAUCCCUGCAGCGGAGGAGAAGGGUGGCCUCCAGACUGUUCUCCUCUGCAAAACCUCCACUAUCUACCAUCACCAGUGGAAAGGGAAGAAGAAGACGGAUCUGCGCACGUUGGCAAUCCCUGGCCAGCAUGCAUGUGCUCAGAAGAUUUUGGGCACGAGAGCGCAGUACUGAUUGGUGGGAGAGAAUUGUUCUGACCACCUGGGACGACGGGCAAUGGCUGGAGGGCUUUCGCAUGGACAGGGCAACCUUUAGGGACCUGGUUGGUGUCCUCCACCAUCGACUUCAGUGUCAGGACACAAACAUGAGGGAAGCCGUGUCACCGGAGCAGCGCGUGGCGGUGACCAUUUGGUUUUUAGCAACGGGAUCCUGUUACCGGGUGGUAGGCGACCAGUUCGGUUUGGGGGCAUCCACGGUUGCAACCUCAGUUUUGGCCGUCUGCGCGGCAAUGGAAGCAGAACUUCUCUCAAAGACUGUGUGCCUUGGAUCGGAGUUCGGCAAGAUAAUGGAUGGAUUUGCAGCCAUGGGAUUCCCGCACUGCAUAGGGGCAAUUGACGGAACACACAUUCCGAUUAGUGCUCCUGGUGGAAGCCCCGAGCAGUACGGCAACAGGAAAAAUUUUUCAUCAAUGCUGCUGCAGGGAACAGUGGACCAUACUGGGAGAUUCUUGGAUGUUGAAAUCGGUUGGAGCGGCAAGAACCACGAUGCUUUUGUUUUCAAAAACUCAUGCAUUUGUGCGGCCAUGGACAAUGGCAGUUUCGUCCCAGGGAACCCAACCUUGAACAUUAAUGGGGUUUCUGUGCCACCGCUUAUUCUCUCAGACGGAGCCUACCCCAUGCGCCCCUGGCUGAUGAAGCCUUAUGGGAAGCUGGCUGUGUCCAGCCGAGAGCAGAAUUUUGAUCGCUGCCUCUCUAGAUGCAGAAAUCAGGUUGAGAAAAGUUUCGGUCGAUUGAAGGGUCGCUGGCAGUGUCUUCUUCAAAGACUGAAGGCCAGGGAGGAGAACCUGGUAUCCAUCAUAACUGCUUGUGUGAUACUUCACAAUAUUUGUGAGGAGCGUGGGCAGCAUUGCCUUGGGGAACUGCGAGAUCCAUUGCCCAUCCUUUUGCCUGACGAGGGGGUAGAGGUGCAGGGCAACAGCAAGACUUUGCUUGAAGGGGGAAAGAAGGUUAGAGAUGCACUGGCAGCAUUCAUGGAGUUGCAGACGAGGCCCCGGUAG